AUGCAGCCUCUGCUGCGACUCAGACGAAUUCCGCAGACCGAGCAACGCAACGAACUAAAAGUCUUUAAAUCCGCGAAAAAUUCCAAUACCGAAAUCCCCGAGCCUCCAGAGACCAGGGCUAGCAGUCAUGCUCCACCAGAAGACUCGGCAAUACAAACACCCGGCGAGGGCACCAAGGGCCCGCGCAUCCGAGAGCGGCAGCCCCGGAGCAUAUGGGAUCGACACCCUUCCACGAUUCUCUUGAGCCUCUUGGAUAACGGGGUGACAAAUCUGAGCGAUGCCGAAUUUCUCGAUGCCGCGCGCUUCAUCCUCGCCUACCCUCGCCUGCGGAUACCCGUGCUCCUCUCCAAGCUACUACUCGCCAAGGACGAACGGUUCCAGAAGUAUAGGACGCAAGAAAGCAUACUCAAAGAAGCCGAGCGCGCUGAUUACUGCCGUACCACGGUGGAAAGAUGGCAGUAUAUCCUGGAUGCCCCCAAUGCGGACGAAAUGGUGGACAGAUUCGUCUCUUCCGACGUCUGCCACCCUGUGCCCCUGCUUAAUCUUGUGCUUAGACCCAACGCUGUGUUUACCGAGAGAGAGUCGCUUGCCUCGCUCGUGAGCCUUUAUGAUCCCGAUGCGGAGAAUGGCCUUCCACUGCUGUCGGGUGUGGCCGGAUCUCAUCCCCUCCUCGCCAAACUGAUGGAGGCGCACAUCCGAACGACCAUUCCUAGCAUACUGCCAGAGAACAGGGUGCACGCGGCACAGAAUGAGGCCUACAAUGAAGCUCUUCAGAUGUUUGCCGCUGCCCCCGAUCGCUCCGCGCGCCAAUACAUGGACCGCAUCUGGGAGGCGCAAAGAAUCCUCUUGAAGAUGUCCGGGGAGCUGGAGCGCCCUUUGAUGCUGGAGAGGAAAAGCUUUGAAGCCAUUCGCGUUGCCUUGGUCGGCCUGGAGAAGACGAUUGAGGAGCGCGAUGAGGCUUUACGUCACGGCAAGUCGUGGCCGCCGUUCAAGGUCGUCCGGGACGGUUUGGAUGAGGAAAAAGACCCGGGAGAUGACUUCUCCCGAGCUAUUCGGGCCGGGUUGACGAUGCAGGAGGCGGGAUAUUCAAGAACACCCGUCGAUGACGUGAUUGAUAUCCUCGCCGGUCGAGGUCCUGAUAGGACGCCCACCAUACAGACCCGCGCCAACAUGACGAAGUUUAUGCGAUCGCGUGACACAAAAGUUACACCCGAGAACGUGUGGGCGACGGAGAUUCGCACCACUAGAAACGCGCACGAGGCGUGGACCGUAUUUCAGCGCCAACCCGAGUCAUGUCAGCGCAGCGCCGAAGUUUACGGUGAACUGUUUGCCAAGCUAACGGCCACGCUACCCGAAAAUGAACAUUACCUGCCUGGAGAUGGGCGGCAUGCCGUGGAAGUGCAUAUCCCCAACCUCAGCGACUUUGAAAAAGCGAGGGCGCAGCCUCCGACGGUGGAGCAGCUGUACGAGAGGAUGCGCGCGGACAAAGUGAAGCUCAACGGCCACUCGUUGGCGGUUCUGCUUAGGACCGCGUCGCACUUUGCCCCGUUCCACAUGUAUCUGCAGGAUAGCGCCUUGGACAAAGAUAUCGUCCAUUGGUUCUCAGAGCGGUCAGACAAGGAUGUCUCCAAGAUAUUCGAUCGCGUGCCGUUCGGCGUCUUCCAGGCUUACAUUGCGCUCCUCUGCCAGAUCCACCCGACGGCGCUGGCGGAGACCCGGCCUUCGACCGACGACACGCGGAUUCCAGAGGCUAUCAGGCUAGUAACGGAGUACUCGGAGCUUGCGCGCAAGCAGCGUCGGCAGCAUAUGAAUACCCAGCGCAAACCCAAGGUUGAAGAAUUUGAGGAGCCAGUCAUUCUAAGCAUCGCUUCGGAGCUACGCGGAGGGCAGGCGCGCACCCCUCCGGACGUAGGCGCUGUUCCGGAGACGGCACCAUCCAAGAGCGGCGAGGUUAGCUUCACUACUCUCAUUGGGCCGAUGGCGCGCUACCUUGAGUCCAACUUUGAACGCCUCUCAUCGCCCAUCGCGCCGCUCGUCGGGCCAGAGGGUGAGGACUGGAGUAUGCCCAAGACGUACGGCCAGCUGCGGGGCACGGAAGCCCACGCGUAUAUGCAGGCCCUGGCUCACCUCCUCGAUUACAAGGGCAUGCUCGACCUGCUACGGUGGUCGAUACCACACUGGGCCAGCUCUGGAGAGAAGGGCUGGAGCCCGGCCAACGAGAAGAACAGGUAUCACCUGCGACGGACAGUCUGCGCUUUCCGCGCUCUAGCGGAGGAGCACGUGCCGGACGACCUCCUUGAGCCUACCAGGCGGGAGCUCGAGGCGCUCGGGGGUGGCCGGGUAGGGACGAGUGGCAUUGACUUUGGGGUGCUCAGCCACAGCCGGUUUGUGGGUUUCGUCACUGGUGAUGCCGGCCAGGGUGCUGCUGGCGAGCCUAUGACUGACCUGGACUUCGUAUCUGAUUCAGAGUCUGAUCUGGAGGGGUUCGAAGAAAUUGACGAAGAUGAAGGAACUGGCGAGGAUGAAGACGUUGAUUUGGACGAGGAGGCCACGCCGGCCAUGGACGUCGACGAAGCUGACAACAUUGAAGCUGACGAUAUUGAAGCUGAUGACAUUGAAGCUGAUGAUAUCGAAGCUGACGAUAUCGAAGCGGCUAAGGUAGCCGAGUUUGAUGAGGAACACGAAGAGGACGGCGGGAGCGACGAGGAUGACCUUAUGGAGUUUUGGGUAGAGUCAGACCUUCUGGUUCCGAAACCCGCCCCCAAGAUUCGCGAGGAACCGAAAGGGCCACCUCCGGCGAAGCGGCAAAGGCUUUCAGAGUCUAGUGGGCCAGCUUCAAAACCUCAAGCACCACUGUGUGGUCCUUAUACCCUCUAUGACGAAAGUGGGGUUUGGGCUGGUGAAGUGGUGCCGGAUUCUGGAUGCGCUCUACAACUCUCAAAUCAUAUCCAGGUCGCCGUGCCCGAAACCACCCUGAUUAACGCGGAUUCCGGGCCUAAGGACGACGCAUCUUCCGAUCUUGGAGAUGAGUUUGUAGAGAUCAUACUCGAAGACUUUUCCAUCUAUGGUCAGGUGGGAAACUCAGCCAGCGAGCUUCGUCCGCUCCAGUUUUUGAACGCGAAACAGGCACGCUUCGGUCGUCUCUACUUCGACGGGGUGCUCAGCGCCGGAGAGAAGCGGUACUUCGUCCAGAGGGUACCAUUUGAAGAACUUUCUGUCGGAAACUACGGCAUUGAAAACGAUUCAGUCGACGGCGAGAUCUGGAUCCGAUCCCUCAUGAAUGCGAAAACCGCGAAGAAUGUCUACUACCGUCUCGGAAGCCCGUCAAAAUGCUACAAACGCUACUACGUUGUCUUUCAGUGGAUCGCCAACCUCGCCAAGUACGUUGUCGACUACCUCGAGGCCUUGCACUCUGGAGGGCGGCGGGUCGGCAUCAUCGACUUCCGAGAAGACUUUUACAAAUGGACCGCUCUCCGUCACUCCUACUCCCAAGCGUUUCAAAGCUGGUUUGCUGCCUACGGGAAGCAGAAUUUCUGCGUCCCUGUGUCGGCGAACAUUGAGUUCCUGUACAAAGAAACAUGCGGCGUCCUGUCACCAAAGGUCGCGCUUCGCCACCGCCUCUUCCACGAGAUGCUGCUCUUCGACGAAUAUAAGCCCAUGGGGUCAAGCACCGCGAACCCUCAAAAAUGGUUUGGUAUUGUACAAUCUGUGCAUGCCUCACCUACAGGUGGCCGGUCCUUCCAGAUUAUCUGGUAUUACCGCCCCGUCGACACGAUUUGUGGCGUACUCAAGUAUCCGAUUCGAAACGAGCUCUUUCUUUCCAAUCACUGCACUUGCCAUGAUGGGCUGGAAAUUCAUGAGGAGGAGGUCCUCGGCGUGCACAGCGUCGCGUUUUACCCAGAUUGCGCAGCCGACGCCGAAUUUGUUUGUCGGCAGACGUACGACAUGAAGGAGAAGCGUUUCACGACCUUUACCCAUGCUGACCGCGCUUGUUCAUGCCACCAGACCGAAAACCAGGAGGCCGAUUCAGUCAAGUUUUCCAACUCAUACCGCCCUGGAGAUGCUGUGUUGGCAGAGCUUAAACGCGGGGAUACGAGACUUGAGCCCUGCGAGAUCAUCGACAGUGACUACGGUGCUCGGCGAAUUGUGCUCCGUCGGCUGUUUCGCCGCUCCGAGGUAGAUCCAAAUGCCUCAUGGGCAAAACCUAACGAGCUCGUGUACUCGGACGAGAUCGUUAGUAUCAAUCCGCUGACCAACGACAAGACGACGCCAGCGCAACGCAAGAACCAGAGCCUCGUGGCCGCGUUCGCAUCCAUGGUCGACGUGUACCGUCCACGAUUCGGCAUCCUCGAAAACGUGGUAGGCAUCGUGCAGAAGCAAAAGCUCCGGCACGAGGACGUCUUCUCCCAGCUCGUCUGCGCGCUCGUGGGCAUAGGCUACCAAGUACAGAUGCUCUGCCUCGAUGCUUGGUCCCAUGGCGCAUGCCAAUCCCGCAGUCGUGUCUUCCUCGUCUUCGCCGCGCCCGGCGAGACGCUGCCCAACGCGCCGGCGCCGUCCCACUCGCACCCUCCCCAUGUGCGAAAUUACGGGCUCGGAACGCUCAACAACGGCGAGAAGAUGAUGGUACGGGAAUUUGACUCGGCCUACGCCUUCCAGUACCGCUCUGCGUCCGAGGCCACGGCUGACUUGCCCUUUCUCUACGACGGCAAAGUCGAGUAUUGCAUUCCCUUCCCGGACCACGUCCCCGCUGCCUCCAUGACGCAGCGCUUUCGGGCCCAGGUCAAGUCCAUCCCGCGGUUCCCUCCUGGCAUGAGCUUCAGUUCCGCCUGGAACGACGGCCACGGUGUCAUGACACUAUCUGAGCGAGCCCUCUUCCCCGCCCCGGGAGUCACCCGUGUUCGAAAAGGCUCCCAAGCGUGGAAGCGCACGCGGCCCUCCCGCCUACUUCCUACUGUCACCACCGCCCAGUGUCCCACCGACUUCAAGACGGGCUGCCAGACUCACUGGGCCGCUGAGAGGUUCCUGACCCUCCAGGAGAGCCGUAGGGCGCAGGGUUUCCCAGACCACGAGGUGCUGGUAGGCUGCGUAAGGGACCGGUGGAAGUCGGUGGGAAACAGCGUCGCGCGUCAAAUCUCGUUGGUCCUAGGGCUUUCCUUGCGCAGCGCCCUAUGGGAUAUGUACGACGAGGACGCCGACAAUGGCAACGGCGUCGACGGAUUGAAAAAUGAUUCGCACAAGGAGGACGCGCCAGUAGCGACGCCAAGGAACACUGCGGAGCCCACUAACGGACUCCGCAGCCUACGUGCUAGCUCAGGGUUGUCCAAUGAAUAG